AUGGCCAGCACGCAACACACAGGCUCAGGUGCUCCCAGGCGCCAAUUCGCCGUUCCCCAAGCUGCGCCACCCCAGAUGUCCUCCCAGAAAACAGACCCCUACCACGGCCAUGAAACCCUCGCACGCCUGGCCGCUCGGUUCAUCACCCAUCUCUUCGCGUGCCCCGACUACCCCCCGUCGUCCACUCACGCCCACGCCAAACUCCCCUACUUCAUCGCAUACGCACUGCACCGCACGAAGCUGCACAACGCUGUCACCUUUGCUGCCCUCGUCCUCCUCCAGCGCUUGAAAGCCCGCUUCCCCUCCGCCCGCGGCUCCUCCGGCCACCGUCUCUUCAUCUCCGCCUACAUGAUCUCCUCCAAAGUCAUGUGCGACGACACCUACUCCAACAAAUCCUGGUGCAUCGUCGCCCAGGGCAUGUUCACCCUAAGGGAGAUCAACCAGAUGGAGCGCGAGAUGUGCAACUACCUCGACUGGGAGCUCACCGUCGACGACCCCAUCCUCUCCAACUUUGAAACUGCCGUCAAGCGCGACUUUCGCGAAACACGCUCCACGUACCCCCAUUACCCGGUUGUUUUUGUAUCAAAACGCGCUGCGCGCGCCGCUGCGUCCACGUCCAACACCCCGUUCGACGAAAAGUCGUCGACCACCAGUCCGGUCCCCGGCUUUACGAGCAAGGCCCCGCCGGUUGCCGUCAAAACUGCGGGCGGCGCCCCUGCCACCCCAACCAAGGGCGGCUGGGGGUCGCCACAUACGCCCGACACACCCUCUGCCAGCUACUCCAACACCACAUCGCCCACGUCCUCCGCGUCACCUGCAACCCCCGUCGGCGGCCCAGAUCCCAACGCCAAAAUCCGCGGGAUCGACGUCUCCCCCGACUUUGGCCCCGUCGACGGCGUCCACCUCACCCAUCCGCUCAAGGGGAAGAUGUUUGCCUUUGCCAUUCCGUCCGGUUGGUAA